ACACCUUCCAAGAUCUUGCCAUGAGCCUGUGUUGCUGGAGGGUUGUGUUGUGCACAUGAAGGCUGACAUCAGCAGAAGGUCUGGGGCAACCCCUGGCCGGCUCUAUACUCCGCCCCCGCGAGCUCCACGUCCUGAAACUUGCGAGGCAGCAACGCCCCGUUUUGUCGAUGUGCCCGGGGAUCCCAGCGCGUCACUCAAUCUGACUCGCCAGCGAGCAGACACAGGAUGGUUCCAGGCGUCGGGAGCAGCGGCAGGGCGAGUCCUGUGUUACCGAGCAGCCUGCUGUGCUGAUGGUAACUGCCACCCACGGAUAUUCAGCACAGACGGCCGGGAGCGAAGGAAGGCGAUGGAUUCCAUGUUGAGCGAGAGCAUCGAGAACGCGAGCUUGGAACUGCUGCUGGAACGGAUGGACGACAUGAUGGAUGCCCUGGAGGUGCUUUACCCGCUGGAGGAGGGCACGGCGCUGUACCAGCAGAAUCUCCUGGGGCUGACCCAGGGCUCCGAUGAACUGGAGCGGGGGGUUCGAGAGCAGGGAGGCGGAAACAGCCUGCAACCGAACUUGCUCGCCACUGUCCGAUAUGGAACGGUAGAGGAUUUACUCAACUUCGCAAAUCAGGUGUCAAGCACUUCCCACAGCCUCAAACGGGAGAGAAACUACGAGGCAGGAGUCAUGUUGAAUAAGACGGAUAUAACUAUCAACAAUGGACGUUAUCGGGUGGACACUGAUGUUUCCUUGUUUCCAUGGAAAUUUGCCCAUAGAAAUAUCGGCCCUGGCUACAUUCCUCGAGGUACCUUUGGAAAAUGCCACCUUGCACAGGACCAGAAGACAAAAAAGCGGAUGGCAUGCAAAUUGAUACCAGUGGAAUAUUUUAAGCCUGCUGACAUUAAAAUCCAAGCACGGUUCUGCCACGAGAACAUUGCAGAAUUGUAUGGCGCCUUACUCUGGAAUGAGACCAUACACCUUUUCAUGGAGGCAGGAGAGGGAGGCUCCGUAUUGGAAAAACUGGAAAGCUGUGGGCCGAUGAAGGAAUUUGAAAUUGUCUGGUUGACCAAACAUGUUCUCAAAGCACUUGACUUUCUGCAUUCCAAAAAGGUCAUACAUCAUGACAUUAAACCCAGCAACAUAGUUCUCAUGUCAACCAAGGCAGUGCUGGUGGAUUUUGGACUCAGUGUCCAGAUGACUGAAGAAAUCUACAUUCCCAGAGAUAUUCGAGGGACAGAGUUUUAUAUGAGUCCAGAAGUUAUUACCUGCAGAGGACAUUCAACAAAAUCAGACAUCUACAGUCUUGGUUCUACCAUCAUCCACAUGCAGACUGGGAAUCCACCCUGGGUGAAGAGAUAUCCUAGGUCAGCCUACCCAUCUUAUCUGUACAUUAUCCACAAACAGGCUCCACCAUUAGAAGACAUUGCAGAGGAUUGCAGCUCGGCCUUGAGGCAAUUCAUUAAAGCCACAUUAGAGAGAAAUCCAAAGGAACGCUGGUCUGCAGGGGAGCUGCUGAAGCAUGAAGCACUGAGUCCACCACCGGAAGAUCAGCCACGCUGCCAGAGCCUCGACUCGGCUCUCUUUGAGUUAAAUCGUACCUUCAGGAGAAAAGAGCUGGAAUUGCCUGAGCAAAUUUGUGAUAAUUCCAUAUGCAGCACAGAAGAAUCAACCGUGGGAAAACGAAACCGCUCUCUUUAUAUUGACUUUGGUGCCUUGGCUGGAUAUUUCAACAUAAUCAGGGGCCCUCCGGGUUCAGAAUAUGGUUGAUUUUUUUCUUUUAAAGCUCCAAGAUGCUCCUUAGCCUGUCAGGCUUAGAAAAUGUUGUAAACAGCUAGAGGAAUUAGCAACCAGCUGUAGUUGUGUAGAUUCAGAGGUGUAAGUUGGAGGGUGGACAGGGUGGGUGGGGAGGUUGUGACGGUGUGUGGGGUCACAUUUUUUUUCAUCAUUCUUACAGCAGCAUUAAGAAAAAAAGUUUUUAAACAAAAAUAUUUUAUCACAAAUGUAUUUUAUCCAGUUAACAUCCAUUGUGCUGUGUUCUUAGUGUGAAUGGUAUCGCAAGAGUGCAGCAUGAGGAAGACAAAUUUUCCUCAAUUUUCCGCAACAACUCAGUUUUCCUCUGUUGCAGCUAGUGGUUUGAAUGAUGGAUCAAUGCUCCUGCUCACUCUCUUUGUUUUCAGUGAUGAUCGCUGAUUAAUGUAUUUCACUAAUGAAAAGUUACUCAAAAUGAUGAGAGUAAGACUUGUCGAAAUACGUGUUCCUAUGGAAACAAGAGCAUGUAUAUAAUGAAUGCCAUGCAGCCAACUGAAUUGCACACAAAGUGUGUUGUGGGUUCCUAGUAACCCAGUAGCUCUGUAAAUGUUGUGAGCUGAUAGUUCUAGUAUACCCUAUGGGAAGGGUUAGCCUCUGCUUUGUUCUGCAACUAAUUAAGGAAUUGUGCAAGCACUCCAUGUGUUAACAAUAUGCUGUGUAUUAUUGUCAUAUUAUUUCAUCAGCUGCUAAAAUGAAAAUCAGUGAAACAGCAAGAUAGUUCUCCCUGUUACAUAUGUAACAUAUCAGUGUGUCGUAACUUCUAAUAUGUUAUUAUUGGUUUUCUUUAAUGAUGUUGUGUGCUGAAUAAUACAAGUUAAUUUAGUGCAAAGAAAAGCUCUGAGAAUGUGUGCAGCUGAACUAAGCCAACAUUAUGUACUGUACUGAUGCCUGUAAUGUUCAAAUCAAUGUGAGUCUACAGAUAAGUACACUGUUUAUGAUAUUUGCCCAGUUAUCUAAUGGCUUGGAUUAAUCAAGAGAUCAUGUGAGAUCAAAUUCUAUUAAAAAGGAGAUAAGGAACAGGUGUUAUUGAACUGUCUUGGAAAUUAUUGAGCUAUUGCAAAAACCAGCCAGUUCUUAAGAGAACAAAUGCCUAUAAAUCAAGUUUCACUCCCUUUUUGUGCACUUAGAGCACCCAAAGAGAAUAAUAAAAUUGGAUGAAAAUCCUUUAAAGGCAGGUCAAUGGCAGUUACACACAGAUUAUAAUGGGAUCCUGAAUAUAAAUCACUUCUGCACAUAAAAAUGUGUAAUAAUAGAUCCAACUUCUGGGCCAAUUAUCAUGACCCAGUUGAUGUUGAACAUGACUCCAGGCACAUUGAAGUGGUGACCAUGUUAAGCAAAUCACUCUAAUCAAGUGGUUUAAAAAAGCACCCCCACCACAUUCUCAGGCAAUAAAUGUUGGCCUCAGUAGAAAUUCCAACAUACUGAGAAUAAAUUCAAGAGCUGAAAGUACACACCUUUUAUAAACAUCCAUCAUAAUCUUUUUGCAUCAAAAUUGUUGGCCUAGGUCUGACUAAGUUUACUAUGUCUUACUGAAAAUGUAGAUUUGAAUCUUGCAGGCACCCAUAAUGUAUAAAUUGAUUCAGGUUGUGUUUGAGUUUUCUGGUUCUACAUCUUUGUAUCACUGCUUUACAGUCAAAUAAAAUAUGUCUAAGACUCCA